AUGAAGUGCUGAAAAGACCAAUGCGAAAGCAAGUUGGAAUUUGCUUGCCCAUGCACAGAUCCUCCUGUUUAUUCAUGUGAUACACAUAUUGCUGCCCAUAUGAAAACUGCGUCUCGAUCUAGGCAUCUUCCAGAUCCCUUAACAAUUUCACCAAAUCCAGAAACAAAAAGAGCUCUUAUUGAUUGCCUUCAUAAGUCGCUAUCAGAUUUAUAUGAGUUAAGAAAAAAAACUGUUUUAGAUUUUUCAAUGCAAAUUAAGCAAAUUAAUGAGAAAAUGAAAAUUGCAUUGAAAUCAUUUGACGAUUCUAUAAAAAAUCAACGCAAAAUAAUUUCUGAAAUACAGAUAGUAGAAGUAAUAUCUAAUUUCAGAAAGACUCAAAUAGAUAAAAUACUGGUUGCAGAGCCAGAAGAAGCAAUUAACCUACUUAAAGAUUCUUUUGAUAUUUUUGAUAGAUCCAAAUUCUUUAUAGAUGAUACAGGAAAAUUAACAAAAGUGCCUUUAAUGAUUGAAUCAAAUAGAUUUAUUAUUUUCCGCGAUAAUUCAACAAAAAUUGUGCAAACAGAUUUAAAUAAUAAUUAUUCAUCGACUGAAUUGAAUAUCUCAUUGAACAGUCCACAAAGUGUUUAUACAACUAUGUGUAUUAUUCCAGGAAACUCAGUUUUUUGCUGUGGAAAUUAUCCAAAUACUGCAAAUGCAUUUAUUAUUGAUUCGAAUACUAAUGUUAAGAAAGUAAUUGAUGCGCCCGAUAAACUGGGUGUCAGUGGUUCAAUUUAUUAUAAUAAGAGUGUUUAUGUUUUUGGAGGAUAUACAGGACAAGCUCAUGUAAAUAAUGCGUAUAGAUACUAUUUUUUAGAAAACAAAUGAGAAAACCUGAAUCCUUUGCCAGCUAAAUCCACAUUUGUAUCAUGCAUUGCUAAAAAUAAUAAGAUUUUACUAUCUGGCAGAGAGCACUCAAAGAUCUAUUGCUAUGAUAUUAUUCAAAAUAGUUAUAUUGAGCUGCAUAACAUUCAAGCAGGAAUAUGAAGAAAAAUUAUAUGUGAAAAUAAUAAAAAUGCUUAUGUGAUAGAAGCAGGUGGAUACAUUUAUGAAGGAAAUCAAGAAUGAAAUUAUUGGAGCACAAUAGGCAGUUCAGGAACUGAAAAUAAUGUCUUAAUUGGAUGCACAGUUUUAUGGCAAAAUAAAGCUUAUUUUGCUUUUUGCACUAAUAAUUUCUAUGAAUUUGAUAUGAAAGAAAAGAGAUGCAAAAAAAUAAAAAAUAUUUAA